UUGUUUGCGCAUGCGCGACAAAUGUCGCUGCCGUAGCCAGACAGCAGCCCAGAGAGCCGAGACACCGGGAGGGUCUCCUGCGUUUUAACAACAACAAAAAAAACCCCGACGUCACGUCUCCACAAAAUGAAGUUUCCCUACUCCUAGAUUCACGAGGACAUGGUGGUGAGAAGGCGUCCCAUGCUGCAUUAGUGGAACAGUGACAUGCUGGCUUGUCUGCCAGCAUCAGGUGACCCUACCAGCAGACUUCUCUCCCGCACGCAGAUGAACACUGGACUUCAGAAAUGGGAAACUACGCAGAAGAUGAGAUCUGUCAGCUAUCCAACCCCAGCAGAGUUGGAUGCCUAUGCUAAGAAAGUUGCCAACAACCCUCUGACCAUCCAGAUCUUCCCCAACAGUGUCAAAGUACCUCAAAGGAAGCACAUUCGACGCACGGUCAACGGACUUGACACGUCCUCGUCCAGCCAGCGCCACAGUCCCUACCCGUCUCAGGUCAGCGCCAGCAGGGGCCUGCUGGCUGUCCUCCGCGCGCCCGCCAAAGGCGUCAUCAAACAGUCCGACGGCAGCCGCGCCCGGCAGCUUCAUAAGGCCACCAUGAACCCCCAUAACGGGCCGUACGCCACUCAAAGCACUUUAAAUCUCCCCCAGCCGGCGCCACAUCUACAGGGCCCGUCUCAGGCUGCCCAGAAACAGGGAAUGGUUCACCCGCAGGUGCUACAGCAUCAGCAAAGUAUGACUCAUCCAAUGACUAUACAGCAGCCUCAAACUAUGCCUCACCCGCAGGCUUUACAACAAAGGAACAUGGCUCACUCGCAGCCUAUGCAGCGGCAGCAGAGCUUGUCCCAGGUUCAGACUUCGCAGCAGCAGAGAUUGGCUCACCCACAAGGCAUACAGAGGCAGCAGAGUCUGCCCCACGCCCAGGCUCUGCAGCUGCAGCAGCAGCAGAGCAAGUCCUGCCCAUCAGUCGUACCACAGCAGCAUCUUUCUCAUCUGCAGACACUUAAGCAUCAGGCGGCCCCUCCGCAAGCUUUACUUGCACAACAAGGAGUGACUCAGGAUCCGCGCCACAUAUCUGAUGGAGCUCAACUUCCGAGUCUGCAGCACACCCAGGGGCUCGUAGGCUCGCAGCCCCUUCCACAGGCUGUGGGCGCAGGACCCCCUGCCAUGCCCAAUAGCCUCCAGCAACCCCCGCCGGGGGCAUACGGGCCCCGUAAGCUCCCUGAUGCAGAUGCCCCACCAAAUGUAACUGUAUCUACCUCCACCAUCCCACUCUCCAUGGCGGCCAGCCUGCAUCAGAACCGGCCGAGUGACCUAAGCAGCAUUGUGCACCAAAUCAACCAGUUGUGCCAGGCACGGGCCGGCAUGGGCACCACCUCCGUCUGUGAGGGCCAGAUCGCGAACCCCAGCCCCAUCAGCCGCAACCUGCUGAUCAACGCCAGCUCGAGGGUGUCCUCCCACCACCCGGCAAUGGGCCCUGUGUCCAGCUGCCUCAUGGUGGGACACCUAGACAAAGCUACAGCUCAGACUGCCAGCGCUGCGCUGCAUUUACAGCCAAAUAUAGCUGCUACUAUUAGUAUACCUUCCUUUCACUCUGACCCGGAGAAGGUACAACUGCAGCAACAGCAGCUUCAGCACCAUUUACAUCAGCAGAAACAACAACAGCAGCAGCAGCAGCAGCAGUUGCAGCAGCAGCAUUUACAUCAACUGCAGCAGCUGCAGCAGCAGCGCUCCUGGGCCCAGCACCAGCUGGCCCACAUGCAGCAGCCCCCCGAGGGGGCCCAUCCCUGCAAGAACCCAAGGAUGGAGGCUCCAACUGAGUGUGCUUUCCCCUCUCGAAACCUAAACUAUCCCCACAAGCUGCCGAACACUGCACAAUCCUUUCCUCUGAAACACCCCGCAGAAAAAUCACGGCCUUCUUCCCCCGUUAACUGCCCAGUAGGUCCUAUGCCUUACAUUAAUAGCCACUACAUGCCGCCAUCGUGGGGCACCAUUCCAGCCACAGCAGGAAACAACGGAUCCGGCCCUCAGGACCUCCCGGUGACUUACCAGGGAGGGCAGGCCGCUGCGUCCGUAGACCGCAUCCCAGGGGCAAAGUACAGGCCAGGGAAAGAGGGUCCCAGUGGCCAGCCCAAGUUGAUGCAGAAUGUGGAUUUCUUAGGGGGGGAAUUCCAGAUUCCCAGCUUUCAGGAGCAGAACUUGGAUGUUAUGGAGAAGCUGCACAGGUCAGCCAUGGGCCAAGUUCAGGAGCCCAGCAACGGCGGCUCUGUCCACACUCAUCACCCGGGCUACCGCUAGAAGCACUGGCUCAUUCCCUCUCUGUGUCUUUGAGUUUGGUCUCAGCAGCUGCUUCCGGCUUCUGUGGUUUAUUCUUUGAGAUCUUGCAAGUGAUCAAUUACAUUUUUUUUGCUUCAGAGCUUGAUCCGUAGACCCACCAGGUUGUGAAGUAUUCCUCAGGUCUUAAGCCAUGUCGUACCUUUUGUUGCAGAUGAAGGAUUUUUGAGAUUGUCGGGUAGAAUUCCUCCUCUUCUUUAUCACUGGCAUUUAUGUGCUGCUCUUUUCUUCCGUGUAUAUAAGGCGUUCUGAAAUAUUAGUUUGCGGCUGAGAAUUUGCUUGCCAUAUACUCGUCGUAGUGCUUCUCCUAGGUUGACAACAUGGAAUAACUUCAGUUUUCCCCCAGCAUUUGUGGCCUUACAACUGCCCAAAGGCAAAACUUAGGAUGUCCCUGUGUUACGUUUUUAUUUACCAUUAUUUAUCCUCUUAACAGAUUUGCGAUCCAUUUAAAUAAGGUUACAUGUAUAUGCAAUUAACAAGACUGUUGAUAAGGUUUUUCGUCCCAGGAGCUCACUCUUCUAGUUGAGGUGUACACUGUUGGCUCUGACCGAGAGCCACGACUCCUUUUUGCUUUGUUCCGAGGGUGACCGCGGUGUACGGAAAACGGUUACUGCUCACCGAUUUAGUUUAAAAAAAUAAGACAAAAGCCAACACUUGCAAAAACAUUCUCCAUUCUGGAGAUUUGCGUAGUUUCUCAAGUUGACACUAGAUUUCCCUCACGUUUGGAAAGUGCCCCCGUGUUGUGUUGUAUGUCAAGAAUUGCUUUUGAAGUAGUUAUUAUUUUAUGACGUUUUAUUUUAUUUCUGUAGCUGGUCCAACUUGAAAUGUAGAAAUUACUUUUUUUCCUUAAGUGUUCUGGGUUAACAUUUGGCAAAAGGAGCAGAGACUCCACUAGUCCCCCACCCCCGUCUGAAGCUAAUGUGAAACCGAAUGACAUCCCAUUAUGAUUAACGUGGUUUAUGUGUCGGUAUGUGAAAUGCAAAUUGAUCACUUGCAAACGUGCAAGUAAAAAACAACAAAAAAAACAUUUAAGCUGGGAAAAUGCUUCAUUUCUCCCUCAACACAUUUCCUCACCACUUUACUACUGUACUGCAAGUGAACCGACGUGGUGUGGACUUCUGUGUGUGGCUUGUGGUGGGCUGUUCACCUACUAAUCACUGGCCUCACCCUGUGUCGUACUUCUGCUACCUAUAACGAAACAACAACGUGUACUGCAGGUUGUUUUUGCUAGAUGUUCCUAGCACAAAGCUCUGGAUCCAUUUCCCUCCCCCUUUCCUGUCCUGUUCUUUUCGGGUCAAUGUUGUUCUGCUGUCCUCAAGCCUUCUGGAAAAAGCCUUAACUGUCAACAGUGAUUAUCCUCCACUUAAUACUUUGCUAACUUUACUUUACUAGGGGCCCAAGUUAAGUCUGGCCUCCUUGUGAGAAAGAGUUUCUUUCCUUUUUCCUUUCCCUGAGCUUUGGGUCAUUUGAAAUCUGUUAACUGUACUGUCAGAUCAUUUGGGCAUUGUUAAUAUGUAUAAGCAGUGGGGAAUGGGCGAUGUCGCCUUAAAUGGAAAUAUUAAGGGGACACACAUUGAUCACUCGCCCGCCCCACCGUCUCAAAUGUUGCCUAUCUAUCAAGGGUUCAAGAUAAUUUUAAGAGUAAAUAUAAAUAGUAUUUAGUAGAAUGACUUGGUAUGUAGAACAGGGCUGUAGCAGUUAUUUUUUAAAGUAUUUGAACUGUGUUUUAGUUGUUAUACGUAAUAAAUAUCCUGAUAUAGUUAAUUUAUUUUUCAGACCACUGCAUCCUGAAGCCAUAGGUGAUUUCACGUUAGGUGCCAUAGGUGACACGCAUUGACGCGGACGACGUGAACCGGUCAUCUGCACUCGAAUGAGAGGGUUCUGCCUCGAUGCUUUAAUCUCGUCUUUCGGAUGAAACGAGAGAGAGAGAGAGAGAGAGAGAGCGGCGAGAUGAUGCGUCAUCUUCGGAGACAGACGGUUCGAGAUUGCAAGCCGUACCUUCUCUGGAUUUUUGGUCUUCAUACUUGAUGGCAGUGUUUUGUUUUGUUUCUUGUUUUUUUCCCCCCCUGGCUCUCGUUUCUGACGUGCCUGCCCCUUGAAGCUGCUAUUGAAUUUAAUCUUAACACACACUAGUAUGAUUUGUGUGUGUGUGCGCGUGUGUGAAUAGUAACAAUGUAUGGGCUGUAUCGGUGGAAAUAUGUUUCUAUGUUUAUGGGAUGGGUGUGGGGAUGGUAACGUUGCCACUCUAAUGCUGGUAAAUUGGCUAUUGGCCGUUUGUCUCUUCUACCAGGAGACGAUUCUAAAUGUACAAUAAUACAACAUCGGUGCGGCAGAGUGACGUUCAGGAGUCUGUCCCACAGGCCGGAGGAAAGACGCCCUCCAGGCUGCACAGCAACAGACGCAGUGAAAACACUAAAACCCUCUGACCGACCUGCCCCUUUAACGUUGAACUGCCCCGUUACAGCCCGACACAGUCAGGUUCUACCGUUUCAUAUGAAGUGCCUCCUCUGGGCUUAGUAUGGAGAAACGUUGUGAAUGGAUGCUUGCGUGUGUGUCAGUGUGUGUGUAUGUGAAGCUUGGGUACUUGCACACAGGUGUGCACGAAGUUGAUCUCUGACAGGGGACCAAGCUACUUGGUGUAACUACUGAUACUGUGUCAUGGACUGACGUCCUGAAGUGUGCCACGAUUACUAGACACUGUCGGGUAAGUGUGAACUGUUUGCUGCUGACUCACUGACCAAAGUGACCAAGAGUCCCCCCCCCCCCCCCCCCCCCCCCCCCCCCCCUCUCUGUGACCACCCCCCGGCCGCCAGGCCUGGGCAGGCUCAGUGUUCUGACAGUAAUAAGCAACAGCCUGGUGACGGAAAGCAGAGCUGCGGCCCUCGGUUGGACGGUUAAAGGAAAUCGUGUGAAGUAAAAAGGCUAAAGAAACGAGAGUGACUGGUUCAUGCCUGCAGAGCACCCCAUCUUUUUUGUUUUUUUUUCUCCGAGAAAGAUUCAGAUGUUGUGGUUCUAAGCAGAACCGACUAUGUUUUGUGGUUCCCCUUUCACAGAACACUUGUCGCCUACAGUACACGUCAGAAUGCACUGUGAGAAUCGAAUCGACUAAAGCACAUCGUGGCUCACAUUAGUUGACAACGAUGGCAAUAUUUAUUGGGGAGCAGGUAUGUAACAACUCUCCGGAUUUCUUCUUACUCCGGUUAACGGUCGUCUUUGAUUGUCAGAGAUGCGUGGUGUUGAGCGGUGGUGCGGGGGGGCUUACUUUCUCUACUUUGUGAAAAUGUGAUAUUCCAGUUUUGCCUAACCUUCAGGAAUAAAAUGUCUUGCACAAACAUUCCCCCUAACCAAAAUAAAGUUUGCAAACACAAAA